UCAUUUCCUCCUUGGAUUACCUAGCAAGAAGAUCAAAAAUGAAAACCUUCGCUCACCUCACUCUUCUUGCUCUCCUUUUUGUAACCUCAGUGACGGCAUCUACUACCACAGCACCUGCUGCAAAUCCUACCACCACAGUGACGGCAUCUACUACCCCAGCAUCUCCUGCAAAUCCUACCACCACAGUGACGGCACCUACUGCCCCAGCAUCUCCUGCAAAUCCUACCACCACAGUGACGGCACCUACUACCCCAACACCUCCUGCAAAUCCUACCACCACAGUGACGGCACCUACUACCCCAACACCUCCUGCAAAUCCUACCACCACAGUGACGGCACCUACUACCCCAACACCUCCUGCAAAUCCUACCACCACAGUGACGGCACCUACUACCCCAACACCUCCUGCAAAUCCUACCACCACAGUGACGGCACCUACUACCCCAACAUCUCCUGCAAAUCCUACCACCACAGUGACGGCACCUACUACCCCAACAUCUCCUGCAAAUCCUACCACCACAGUGACGGCACCUACUACCCCAACACCUCCUGCAAAUCCUACCACCACAGUGACGGCACCUACUACCCCAACAUCUACUGCAAAUCCUACCACCACAGUGACGGCAUCUAAUAGCACAGCAACUCCUACAAAUCCUACCGCCACUACUGCACCUACUAUCACCACUGUUUCUUCAGUGACUUCCAGUGAUGUCACUUCACCAAACACCAGCAACACAAAGCCUGAUACCACAGGUCCUUGCAAAAAAGAUACCUGCAAAGAUGGUUCUUCAUGUGUUCGUCUGAAUACGGAUCAUUUUUGCCUGUGUGUAGAUGGAUAUUACUAUAAGUCUUCCAAAUGCAAUAAAGGAAUGAUAUUCCCUGGAAAAAUUACAGUAAGCAUAUCAGACACAUCUAACUUGGAAAAUAAAUUGUCUGCAGCCUAUCAACAAUUAUAUAAAAAAGUUGUUAAAUUUUUUGAAGAUGCAUUUAUCAGUUCUACUUUUGGACAGACUGUAAUUCAGGAUGUAAGGAUAUCUCCUUCAGCAAGAUCUGAAAUGCGUGCCGAUGGCCAGGGUGUUAUUGUAACAGUAGUAAACCUUUUCCCAGAAGCUACUAAAGAAACUGAGACGACUGUGUCUAAUGCAAUUAAUAAAGCAAUUAGUCAAGGCAACUCUGAUGGCGUUACAGGAUACACCAAGCAAGAUCGGUGUGACUUUUAUGGUUGUGUAGACAAUAAUCAAGAUGGCUGUAGCAAUGGUUUACAAUGUGAAUGCAAAGAGGGGCUGGAAAGACCUAACCCACAGAUCGCUUUUUGUCUUGCCAAGUGUCCUGAUACUUGCAAUGAAGAACACAAUAAGCAAUGCUUAGUGAAGUCCAGAGAGAAGGCUGAUUGCGUGUGCCUGCCGGGCUACCAGGAAGAUGCUCAUAGGAACUGUCAAGCGUGUGCAUUUGGCUACAAUGGAGUCGACUGUAAAGACCCAUUUCAGCUGAUCCUCACUAUCGUGGGCAGCAUUGCUGGCAUCCUCCUUCUUGGCAUGCUGAUUGCGUUGAUAUCAGCAAGAUCAAAGAAACAGAACACUAUUGAAGAACAGAACUUGAUUGAGAACGACUUUCAAAAUCUGAGACUGCAGCAGCACACGACAGGCUUUAGCAAUCCAGGAGCAGACGUGAGCAUCUUCCCUAAAGUCAGGACAACCUUCUCCAGAGACAGUCAGUGGCAGAAUCCCUACGCGGCCUCCGACCACAGAGGCAUGCCCCGUCCUGAUUAUUAGAAUGGUAAAAAUUUGGAAUCAUCCAUGGCCCUCAACCCAAUAUACAAGCUCUUAUUUUGCAUGUUUAAGGUACUGAUGGAGAAGUGAACAGUAGUGAAGAUCUGACCUUUGGUAAUUUUCUUCCAUGGAUCUCUAGCCUGUCUGAAUGGAAGGCUGUGAAAGUUUGCAAUGAAUACAGCUUGUUUGCUAACUAAGUACCUGGGAAAUUAAAUGCAUUUAUUAACACCUGUAAGACAGUUGAUUUUUUUCAAUGGUUAGGAAUUUUUGUUUUCGUUUUUGUUUUUUCUGGUGGGGCAACAGUCACCAUUUCUAAUCUAGAGGAAAGCUCCCCAGGAUUGCUCACGCCUGGGAGAAGGUCGCUGUUGAGUUGAUAGCCUACAGAUCAGUGACCUCAUCCUGGGAGACCCUUACACGUCAGCUGUGGAGGUCCCAAGCGAUGGGAAGAGAUCCCAUCUUUUCAGGCUCUCCUAUCCCUCAACUAUAGGGAUUUGAUUGCCCUUGAACUGCCAGGAGCUUGUGACCGGACCUCACACCAAAAAGAGAGAAAAAGGACAUGUCUGUCAGCUUUUUCAGGAGGAGUGACUGGGAAUACAGGAUCUUUUUGAUGUUAAUUAGAAUGCCUGGACAAAAAUGUCCACCAUGGGGUGCAUUCCAGAGUUUUUGAAAUGCCAAUGGGUGGGAGAAAAAACAUGACCAGGAGGAAAAGAGGCAGAAGGAAGCUGGACUGGAAGAUGAGUAAGGGAGAAGGCACACAGAUACCCUUCCUCGAUGAGCAAAUGGGCACAUCCUUGAAUUCAUGCCCUACACAAGACUCAGAGCCUAGGAAAAGGUGCGAAGAAAAAAAACCCAGAGCAAGAGCUUGAAGGCACUUUGAAAUUGCAGACAUUCUGUCUGGCUGAUGGUGGGAGAGGGAGCUCGUGCUCUGGAUCCAGAUUUCCAGCCUGGUGAUGCAGAUUCCAGAAGUGCUUCACCGAGGUCUCAAACUUCUCCCGUGACAGAGGCUUAGCUAUGGCCAGCAGUACAUGCACACCCAGGAAUGGGGGAGUCACAUCCAGCACAGGCUUGCUUUAAUGUUAACGGUAUCCUUGUUAAUGUCUAAUGUCUGGCCCCCUUACAAGUUAUUUUUAUAUAUUGUUAAUAUUAUUUGUUCUUGACUGUUAACUGUGAAAGGUAACAAAUAAAGAAUCUUUGGUAGAAGGUGUCCUUCCUUGUGUUCAGGGCUUUUGGUGAUGUACAAAGCAGUAAGUUGCACUUUCAAUAGCAACCAUCAUACAUGGCAAACUGGAGAACCCUGGAAAAAUGGAGCUGGAGCAUAUGAUCAGACCACACCUGUAGUCUUUGGACUUUACUGUUAGGCCAGUCUGAGCACAAGGCUCAACUCAGAGAUAUUGCCUGUACCACCACCGCAAUAAAGCAAGUCUUAAUCUUUUUGCUGGUGGAGGGUCUUGCCAUCAGGUGUAAAAAACGCAACAUCUGUGAAGUGCAAUAAAAUGAAGCAAAGUAAAACAAGGUAAGCCUAUAGUUGUUUCUGCUUUUGCAGCUGAAAGCAUCCUCACUCAUUCCACUUGUGUUUACCCUUGCCGUCUCAAGGCUAGGUGAUGAAUGGAAUAAAAAACACUCUUAUGAGCCAUUAAUGCCUACAGUGGGGACAUUAGCUGUCAACCAAUCAGUUAAUAGCAGCAGAAUUAAUACAGACAUAACUUAAUAUUGUCCGACCACUGUGACUUGUCAUUACAGACUUUAUUUUUAACCUGCAUGUUACCGCCUUUACAUUUGAAGAUGGUGCUGGAUUCAGUGUUAGGAGUAAGCUAUUUGAGCCCCUUUUCUAAAGAGUCCCUCUCCCUGGCACCCCUCUGCAUGAGACCAUGGCAGCUUCCAUUGCUUCUCAAAGGCCCUGAGCCAUACAAACUCUCGGUUUCACGGACCAGAGUACAUCAUU